AUGUUCAAGUUCAUAACCGGCCGGAAAGGCUACACGCUCGAGCGAGCGAAGACCGUUAAGGAACUCUUCGCGUUCUCUCGGACCGUGUUUCACGGAUUCCCACAUUCGCCUUCGUCUCUGGCCUACGACGAAGAUCUUUCUUUGAUGUGCAUUUGCACGAAAAACGGAGCAAUCCGCGUUUACGGCGCACCUGGAGUCGAGUUCGUGGGAUACCAUGCGCAAGAGAGCUCAGUCGUAGAAGUGCAUUUCGUCCCUGGUCAAGGGCGCUUGGUAACGGUCCAAGAGAACAAUGAGCUCACCUUGUGGGAAAUCGUGGACACCCAGGUGGAGAUCGUGGGAACGAUCGACAACUUCGAGAAGCGCAUCUUCAGUGUUUGCAUCUCACCCAACAAAACGCAGCUAUUGCUCGGAACCGAGCAGGGUGAUAUCUAUGUUGUCGAUCUGGAAACUUUCAAAUUCACCGAUCUGGUUGUGCAACGGGAUCUCAUAACUGAGAAGGUCCCUGAAGAUUUCAAAGUCAGCCCGGGAGGAGUGGAAUGUUUGCGGUGUCUCAAUCAAGAUCAGUGCAUCGUUGGCUACCAGCGAGGAAUUCUUGUGCUGUUCGAUUUGAACAAGCUUUCAGCGAAACAAACCUAUAUCUCUCGGAAGGAUCUCUCAUCCAUCCACAUCGUGGAUGAUUGCAAGUUUGUCUCCUGUCACACCGACGGAGGGUACGCCGUUUGGAGCACGAUCCUCUCGUCAUCCACUAAACAGGUCGAUCAAAUCUACGGCCCACAUCACUGCAAAGCCAUAGAUAAGCUUUACGCGCUCGACAAUGAAAGAACGCUCAUCUUCUCCGGCGGCAUGCCUCGGGCGCAGUACGGUGACCGGUACACGCUGUCAAUCCAUCGGGGACCCAUCGAGCGUAAAGUUUUCGAAUUCACCUCGAAGGUUCUCGACUUCUUCGUCGUAGCGAAGAAAGUCGUUGUGGUUCUCGUCGAAGAGGAGGUUGUCGCUAUCAGCCUUCAGGAUCUUAAGCCUCUCGCUCUGCCCUAUUUGUUCCCUCUGCAUUGCUCAGCCAUCACGAACGUCAUCCACGCGCCGGGAGUUCCGAAAGAGAUUGUCGCGAAGCUCACAGACGACGUCGCCGCGAACGAAUUCUCCUGCACCAAAUGGCCGAUUCAAGGCGGAAAACUCGAGAAACCGGUCGGAACAGAGAACGAGACCUCGGAUCUCGUUCUAACGGGACACGAGGACGGCAGCGUGAGGAUUUAUGAUGCGACGGGAGUCGUCCUCCGACUUCUGUCUUGCAUCAAAACGAGCUCAAUUUUCGCCGAAAGGUGCCACGAUUCCUCGCGUCUGAUGGAUCAGGACGAGGACGAGUUCCUGCAAUUCACAAAAGUUUGCUCCUUCGAUCCUUACUCGGAUGACCCCCGAUUCGCUGUGAAGAAGCUUGCUUUCAACUCCCUCAGCGGAACCUUGGCUAUCGGCGGUACAGCCGGACAAAUUCUCGUACUCGGCUUAGGGGAACCGAAUCUGGACGUCAAAGUGACCUCGUUGAAUCUGGUCGGAGACCGCGACCACUUCGUCUGGAAAGGUCACGACGCCCUGACCCACGACACAGCGGCGCCUUUCCAAAGCCGAUAUAAUUUGACCCACGUGGUUCAGGUUAAGCCGCCAGCAAGCGUCACCGCUCUCGCGAUGAACGAGGAGUGGAACCUUGUCUCCGUCGGUACGGCGCACGGCUUCGGGUGUGUGGACAUCGCUACGGAUCAGGUGGUCAUGUUCAAAUGUACAUUGAACGAGACGGAUCACGGAGGUGUGGGAGCUCAUUCUGGCGACAUGGUUCGUCGGAAGAGCUUCAAGAAGUCGCUACGAGAGAGCUUCCGCCGUCUACGGAAGGGUCGUUCGCAGAGAGGCAAAACCGCCAAGAACCUUGAUGACGUGAAACCGGUGGAGCGACAAGUCGAGUCCCGGAUCAUGCAAGACGACGGCCUGUCUUCCAUGGUCCGCUCUCUUUUGUUCAGCGAAGCAUAUAUUCUCUCUCAUUCUUCGACGUCCCGUACAUUCUGGGCAUCCACCAACUCCGGUGCCGUGUUCGUUUACGCCUUGAAGAAAACCGAGGAAUCACUGGCAAUGACUUUGUGCAAAGAGAUCCAUCUCAAGCAUCACGCUCCAGUUCUCGGAGUUUUCGUGGUGGAUUCGCACGGUUUCCUUUGCCACGAUGCCCAUCCGAAAGAGAGCUCAGUACCGAACCUGUGGAGAGUGGUGAUCUGCUCAGAGGAACAGAUCAAGGUGUUCUCCCUUCAGCUCAAGCCCCUGCAUAAGGUCAAAUUGACGGCGAACGAAGGCUCCCGCAUUCGAAAACUCCAGGUCGCAGAGUUCAAGAACAACGAACGUAGCGAGUUCGGACUCAUCGCGAUGACGAACCAGGGACAGAUCAUCGUCUUCUCCCUGCCAGAUCUGCGUCGCAUCAUAACGGCAGACUGCUGUCGGAAAGACGACGUCAAUGGAAUUUCGUCAGCCGUUUUCACUCCCCUCGGCGAAGGCUUCUACUUGAACUCCGCAUCCGAAUUCGAUCGGGUCUCCGUAUCAGCGACAAAAAUUACGGCUCCUUGUGGGCUUCUCGAGCUCCCCGAAGGCGCUAGACCCAAACGGAAGACAUCAAUCAUCAAGCCGAAAGAGGCAGCUGUCGAUGUAAAGGUUGCCGUCAAAGAGCGACGAAGCACCACACCCGAAAAGCCGAAACUCGCGAUCUCUGGGAAACAGGAUACCGCGUCCGCCGCUGUUCCUUCUGAUAAAGAAGAAAACGCACCCAAGGGACGCUCUUCAACCUCCUCAACGCCUGAAAAGAAAACUGCUGCCGUCGAAGAAGUGGGAGACGACAGCAAAGUAGGCAAGAAGCAAAGAAAGGACAAGUCGCCGGCAAGAGAGAAGUCACCGGCGAAGGAUAGGUCACCGUCCAAGGAAAAAUCACCGCUCAAAGAGAAAUCGCCGACCAAGGAAAAGUCGCCGUCCAAGGAAAAAACCCCGUCUAAGGAAAAGUCUCCUUCUAAGGAGAAGACACCGAUCAAGGAGAAAUCGCCGUCCAAGGGGAAGUCGCCUGUGAAGGAGAAAUCACCCACCAAGGAGAAAUCAUCGCCCAAGGAAACGAGGAGAGACGCGCAAUCGAAGGAUUCGAAGGACAAGGAUUCUGCCGAAGUUGGAUUGGCGGAAGCUGAUUCUACAGUAGACAAGCUGGGAGCUGGAAAAACGAAAUCUGCUUCUCCGAAAACGAGAGACGAUGGGGGGGCUGUGACGAAGACGAAAACUGAAAAAAAAGUCGUGAGCGAAAACAAGGGUGGGAAGCACUCCGCUGCGGACGAUCAAUCGAGAAUCGAGAAGCCCAUCGAUGUUCCCACAAUAGAAGAGAGACCCGUGGAAUCGCAGCCCAUAGCUGGCGGUGAUGUCUCAGUCGCAAGUGAAGCGUCGCAGCAACAAACGCGUGAAGUGUUGCGCCAGACUGACGUAGAAGAGCGACCAAUCGAUGUGGGUCUAAGCGGAGCCGCCGCUCCGAAGAAGACGGUUCCGGAGAGCGAUGCGCGAGAGAAACGCGUGUCUAAGAAGAACAAGAAGAACUCGAGGAAGAAUUCAGCUGCGAAUGGCGCGAAGAAGAAGGACAAUAAUCGCAAUAACGUGAUCGAGCCGAAGACCGGAAAUGGAAAGGAAUCUGAAACAACCGUGCACAAGAACGAGAGUCACGAGAAGAAGGAAAAGAAAACCCGGUCUGUCGAGAAGUCCGAUGACGGGAACGCAGAGAAGAAAAUCCAGACCGAGCAAGUAGCUGAGCGAAAAAUCACGCAACAGGUUGAGGAAGGCGACGGCUUCACUCUGGAGACCACUGAGGUGAUCGUGACGAAGAAAGCCGUCACGGUGUCAGAGGAGACUCGCGUCAUCAACGGGAGCGCUGAGGACUUCGAGAAUCUCGAGGCGCUGACCAAGUCCCUCAACCUUGACGAGAUAUUGGCCGACAAAGAAUAAUCAUAUAGACGCUCGCAUUCGCGCAAGCAUGAAUUUCCGACAUGGGAUUUGGGAAACUGCAGUCCCGACUACGCCCCGGGAACUUAGAUAUCAGGAGUGCAUUUCAUCGUCAAUAUUCGGAAUCACUGUAUCGGACACAGAAUCAUAUACGUGCACAAUGCCGACUGCUCAGCAGACAUCAAUCUCUCAGAUUAGCUGAAGGUGAUGAUUCGCUCAAUCGAGCAACUG